UGUUCCGUAAGAACAGAUUUCCCAAUAACUUAUGCAGACCCCUUGUCCGAAUAUUUAUGGAGCAGCUCGCCUCACCAAUAUACAGAAACUUUUAUCGCAUUCAAUCAAUUUCCCUGUGAAUAGUAGAACUAUGGAACGAUCAUUUGAGUUUUCAUUGUCUGUUAUCAGGUGAAAAUGUUCCUGGGUUUACCACAAGCAAUGGAAUUCUGGUAGACGUACACUUAAUAACACUGCACAUUUCGACGCCUCAAAUGCAAUCAUAAAAUGCCAUUACCAUCUACUACUGAUCUCAAUCUCACGGCAUUAUGUAGAGAGGGCCAGUUGAAGGAAGCGUUGCACAUUCUCCUUACUACACACAACCCCCCUGAAGACUCUUCUACAUAUCUUCAAUUAUUGCAGAUCUGCAUUCUCAAGAACACGCUUUCUCAGGGGAAGAAAGUACACUCUUUCAUCGCUCACAGGCGAUUUGCAUUUGCGACAUGCACGUUUUUUCAAAAUAGGCUUAUUUGCAUGUAUGCCAAGCGUGGAAGUUUGGUGGAUGCUCGUAAAGCGUUUGAUCACAUGAAAGAACGAGACAGGGUCUCAUGGAAUACAAUUAUAUCAGCAUACGGAAGACAUGGGUAUCCCGACGAGGCAGUCAGAUUGUUUCACCAAAUGCAACGAACAGGUUUCCAACCCGAUCAGUUCACAUUUGCCAGCAUACUCCCGGCCUGUGGUAAAAUGGGUGCUUUGGAACAGGGUAUGAACAUUCAUGAAAGCAUAAAGGAUAGAGGACUUUUGUCAGAUGUUGUAGUUGCAAGUGCCCUGGUAGACAUGUAUGCAAAAUGUGGAAGCAUAGACAAGGCACGUGAACUGUUUGAAAGAAUGCCUCAUCGAGAUGUGGUCUCAUGGAAUGCCAUGAUUACGGGAUAUGCACAAAAUGAAUUUGUUGAAGAUGCUUUAGAAACUUUCAUGCAAAUGCAAUUGUCAGGUAUAAAGCCAAAUUCCACAACUUUCGCCAGCGUCCUCCCAGUCUGUGCCAAAAUGGGAGCUUUGGAACAAGGUAUGCACAUCCAUCAAAGCAUAACGGAAGAUGGGUUUUUGUCUGAUGUUAUGGUUACAACUGCCCUGGUAGACAUGUAUGCGAAAUGUGGACGCAUAGACAAAGCACGUCAUCUGUUUGACAAAAUGCCUCAAAGAGAUGUCAUCUUAUGGACUGCAAUGAUUGCAGGAUAUGCACAAAAUGGAUUUGUUGAAAAGGCUUUAGAAACUUUCAAGCAAAUGCAACCGGCAGGUGUAAAGCCAAAUUCGACAACUUUUGCUAGCGUCCUCCCUGCCUGUGCCAAAAUGGGAGAUUUGGAAAAGGGUAUGGGCAUUCAUCGAAACAUGAUAGAAAAGGGAUUUUUGUCAGAUAUUAUAGUUGUAAAUGCUCUGGUAGACAUGUAUGCAAAAUGUGGAAGCAUAGACAAGGCACAUGAAUUGUUUCACAGAAUGCCUCAAAGAGAUGUCUUCUCAUGGAAUGCAAUUAUUGGAGGAUAUGCACAAAAUGGGCUUGUUGGAAAGGCUUUAGACACUUUCAAGCGAAUGCGAUUGGAUGGUGUAAACCCAAAUUCCACAACCUUUGCUGGCAUCCUGCCUGCCUGUGCCAAAAUGGGAGCUUUGGAAUGGGGUAUGGAUGUCCAUCAAAGCAUAAUGGAAGGGGGAUUUCUGUCAGAUAUUAUAGUUGGAAAUGCUCUGGUAGAUAUGUAUGCAAAAUGUGGAAACAUAAACAAGGCACGUGACUUGUUUGACAGGAUGCGUCAAAGAGAUGUCAUCUCAUGGAAUGCCAUGAUUGCAGGAUAUGCACAAAAUGGAUUUUGCAAGUAUGCUCUCAAAUUCUUUGAAUUAAUGAAGCACUCUGGAACAUAUCCUAAUAUUGUAAGCUUUGCCUGUGUACUAUCUGCAUGCAGCCAUGCAGGUUUAGUGGAUGAGGGCUGUGCAUACUUCAAAUACAUGAGUAACACUUACUGCAUUACACCUAUAAUUGAUCAUUAUGUGUCCAUGGUUGACCUUCUUGCCCGUGCUGGCUAUCUUGAAGAAACCCUAAAUUUUAUCAUUAAGAUGCCAAUUAAACCUGUGGUUGGUGUGUGGAUGUGUUUUCUUGGUGGCUGUAGAUCACAUUUGAAUAUAGGCUUAGGAGUAUUUACAGCGACAUUGCUUUCUGAUUUGGAUCCUAAAAAUGCUGCAACUUAUAUUCUUCUCUCAAACAUCUAUGCAGAAGUGGGCAGGUGGGAUGAGGUUCAAACACUAAGGAGAUUGAUGAAAGAUAGAGAAAUUAAAAAGAUCCCUGGAUGUAGUUGGAUUGAAAGUCAUAAAAUGGUGCAUGCUUUUUGUGCUGGAGAUAGAUCACAUCCACAGACACCAGAGAUCUAUGCAAAGUUGGAGAAAUUGUCUUGGGAGAUGAAGGCAGCGGGGUAUUUUCCAGAUUCAAGACAUUUACAUAAUGAUGUGGAAGAGGAGGAAAAAGAAUUGUUUCUCUGCCACCAUAGUGAAAAGUUGGCAAUAGCAUUUGGUUUGCUAAACAUGCCCCCUGGAACAACUAUUAGAGUUGUUAAGAACCUUCGAGUAUGUGUUGAUUGCCAUGCUGCAACAAAAUUUAUUUCCAAGAUUGUUGGAAGGGAAAUUAUUGUGAGAGAUGUAAACCGUUUCCAUCAUUUUAAUGAGGGACAAUGUUCUUGCAGAGAUUAUUGGUGACACUAAAUGAAGCAAUCUGAAAAUAAUCUUACACGAUAAUUAUGUGCACUCCAUCAGACCUGCAGUAAUAAUGAAAGGACAAGAUUUAUUUUCAGUUUCUACAAGUUUUUUGUUGUUGUUGAGCAGUUAGCAAUCUAGACCAUGCUGUUGGCAAUCUAAAAUUAGAUGGAUAGAGCGUAAUGCAGAUCACUGUUUAUAUAAAUUGUUGGGUAUCUGUCAAAGAUCAAUUUUAUGUUAAUAUGGAUCUUUCAUUGAAUUGUUUUCAGGAAACCUGGAUAUGUAUGAACUGAAAUGCUGGAGGUGGUGGAGAAUAAAAAAAAAACAAAAGGCGACAAACACUUAAUGAAAAGAUGCAUGAUUAGAAAGAAGUUGAAGAGGAUGGGUUACAAUCAACCCUUGUCAUUUUAUGUAGUUCUUUUGUUUGGAGAGAGAGCUAAAUAGAGCAAUUCAUAAGUGUUUGGAGCGACAAUAGGUUUGAAACAAGGGGAACUCAAAAGAACUAUAAGAAUUUCGACACAAUGAAAUAUAUCCGCGGAAAAAAAAAAUGCAACAAUUAUAUUCAUUGUUGGGUCAAAUUGACUACUUAUUCAUAUGUAGCAAACCUUAUAAAUAAAGGAUGCCUGAACAGUGUGAUGUCUUUGAGCCAAUAAGUAGUUAUUACUCCCUGUAAAAAGUCAGACUUCGGACAGCACGAGCCUUCGCAGUGCAUCCUUGCAGAAAAAUGAAAGAGGGCAUUUUUUAAGCCUUCAUUCAAUGACAUACAUAUAUUUUCUUCUAUACAUUCAUCAUUCACAAUUUCUUCUGUCUGCACUCGUUAUAAGCUGCUCAGCACGCUAAAUAACUAACGUAUACAAUCUUCGAGUUUGAAUAAUUCCAAGCCUUCAUUGAAGAAGAAUUUAUUGCUGUGAGUAAGCAGAUGAUUUUAAAGAAUAAAACAGGCUAAAGGGUGCAGAAUGUUGCACUUUUAGGGUUUCAGAGCUAAAACAUAGGAUCUCUGGGUAAGGUUUCUGUGGUCCAAUUUUGGUGUUUUGUGAUAUUGAAUCUGAAGGAGCUCGGAAUAUUUGGUGGUUUCCAGAUGGUUUGGCGACAUCGGUUGAAAAUAGAUUGUGGACAUCUAAUUGCCCUGGUUUUGGUUUUAUUAGGUGUGCUCCACUCUUUUUGUGAUUAUUGGAAUGAUAGGUUGUGAAAUUGAUAAUUUUACUCUUUUUCUU